CACAAAUGAUAUCUCAGAAGAACUAGACGGAAAACCUAAAAAGAUGAUAGCUCAACGAUUCGCAGUAGCAAGUUCCUUUCUUUUAAGGAUGAAUCCAAGGAUGACCUUUGUUUCAAGGAUGAAUCCAAAGAUGACUAUACAAAACCUUAGUAUAUCGUCGAAAACAGCAGAUCCUUCACAAGUAAUCCCAAGUCCCUCUCUGUCAAAGAUCGAUCUGCGAAAAGCAAUAAAGAAGCGAAACGACGAAGAUUUGGUCCUUACGGGUAAAAUCAUAGCUUCAAAAGCAAGAAACUCUAACUUCAUCUUUUCUCCGGCAUCAAUCAACUCCGCCUACACAAUGAUGGCUGCCUGGCGUGCCCGCUACGGCUCUAUCUCCGACGAGCUUAAAGCUGUCUUCAGCGAGAUCGCUACGGUGGUUUUUGCUGACGGCAGUGCAAGCGGUGGCCCCAAAAUCUCGUCUAUUAAUGGCUUUUGGGUGGAGCAAACACUCCCAGUUGAUCAUUCGUUUAAGGAUCUGAUGGAGAAAUCUUUCAAGGCUACUUACGCUCAAGUUGAUUUCCGAUGCAAGGCUGAAGAAUGCUUUCUUGGGCUGAAUAAAUGGGCUGCAGAUCAGACAAAUGGUCUCAUCACAGACCUUCUUCCUCCUGGAUCAGUUGAAAGCAAAACCAAUGAGGUUUCUGGAAACGCAUUGUACUUCAAAGGAGCUUGGGCUAAACCAUUUCAGAAGUCGUGUACAAAAAACAAAAAGUUUCACCUUGUCAAUGGCUCGUCAGUGUCUGUACCAUUUAUGAGCAGCAAAGAGGAGCAAUACGUUAAGGCUUACAAUGGUUUCAAGGUCCUCAGGCUUCCAUACCGAAAAGGCCAUGAUGAUACCAAUCGUGAAUUCUCAAUGUAUUUCUAUCUGCCAAACAAGAAAGAUGGAUUGGAUGAACUCGUGAAGAAAAUGACAUCUACUCCUGGAUUCGUGGAUAAACACAUUCCGUAUCACAAAGAUAAAGUUGAUAACAUCAUUAUUCCAAAGUUUAAAAUCUCUUUCAUGUUUAAGGCUUCCAAGGAAGAAGAAAAGCUUCAUAUUUACCAUAGUGCUUGCGUCGAGAUCGAUGAAAAAGGUGCAACAGCUGCUGCUGCCACUGCUAUGGUACCAUACAGCUUUUGUAAUCGUCCUAAGAUCGAUUUUGUGGCUCAUCCAUUUCUCUUCUUGAUUAGAGAAGACAAAACCGGAACCAUAUUGUUCGCUGGUCAAAUCUUCGAUCCUUCGAAAAAAUCUUCUUAGACGGGCUCAUAUCAGGUUUAACCGGGUUCUGAUCUUAAUUGCUUUGGUAAAGAGAAGUCAAGUUUAUGCCUUGGUAGUUUUGGGUUUAAAUAGUUCAUGUUCUAAUUGGA